GUACUGUCAAUCACACAUCAAAUUAAAAACUUCAUACGUUUUUAUACGAAAAUCUGCAUUCUAAAUUUAUUGUGAAGAAAUCAUGACCUCAAAUUGUCCUGUGAUAAAGAAAUGUCUCGACAAAGCGAAUUCGGCGGAAUAUUGCAUCACGAUGUGCCGUCACGGCGAAUCCGAGUGGAACCAAAAAAAUCUCUUCUGCGGCUGGUACAAUGCAAAUCUCAGUAAAAAGGGCCAUGAAGAAGCCAAGCGGGCGGGAAAAGCCAUAAAAGACGAGGGCAUCAAAUUCGACAUUGCCUAUACAUCAGUUUUGAAGAGAGCCCAAGAUACUUUGAAUCACAUUUUGGAAGUUUCGGGACAAACUAAAAUUCCCAUCGUAAGCACCUGGAGAUUGAACGAAAGACAUUACGGAGGACUUACAGGACAAAAUAAAGUCGAAGCGGUGGAAACUUUCGGAGAAGAACAAGUAGCAAUAUGGAGAAGAAGUUACGAUGUACCACCGCCUGAAAUGGAACCCGAACAUCCGUUUUACGAUGAUAUACUAAACGACCCCAUUUACAAAGAUGGCCCUCCUCGAGAAAAGUUUCCAAAGACCGAAUCGUUGAAAUUGUGCAUCGAACGUUCAAUGCCCUUCUUCUACAGCACCGUUAUACCGCAAUUGAAGAAAGGAAAAAACGUUAUAAUAGCUGCUCACGGUAACAGUCUGAGAGGGAUCGUGAAGAGCUUGGAAAGAAUGACGCCCGAACAAAUCAUGGGCCUGAACCUUCCCACCGGUAUUCCGUUUCAAUACAGGCUCGACGGGUUGUUUAGACCUAUUGGAACCAUGAGAUUCUUGGGCGACGAAGAAACAGUUACCAAAGCCAUCGAAGAAGUCGCCAAUCAAACCAAGAAGAAGUAAAUAACAAUCAACCACAAGAAUAACAAUUAUUAACAAUACAAUAUCA